CUACCGAUCUGCCAUUUUGGUUUUGUUCCUGAACCUGGAUGCAGUCUGAAAGCCAUCAACACGAUCACACUGGACUUCCAGCGUAACGACAUAGUGACUCGACAAUAUAGUCAAAGGCGCCUUUAACCGCACAACUUUUCUUUUUUAAAUCUGUGAAUUACGAUAGUCGUUGUUUUAACAUUGAGGCACACACAACCAGGAGCGGUUUGCAUUGAGAAGGGACAGAGAAGAAUUAUUGAUGUCCAGCUCGCCGCUGUCCAAGAAGCGUCGCGUGUCAGGAUCAGAGACGAAGACGGGAUCCCACUGCUCCUCCUCCAACUCUGUCACAACUGAACUGCCCCACACACCCGCCAACGGCAUGGCUAAGAAUGGCAAUGAUGCUGAGAUCGAUGAAGGCCUGUACUCCAGACAGCUCUACGUGCUGGGCCAUGACGCCAUGAAGCGCAUGCAGAGCUCCAAUGUCCUGGUGUCAGGACUGCGGGGGCUUGGCGUGGAGAUAGCCAAGAAUGUCAUCCUGGGAGGAGUCAAGAGUGUCACCCUGCACGACCAGGGAGCAGCCGAGUGGAGGGACCUCUCCUCACAGUUCUACCUGCGUGAAGAGGACCUGGGUAAGAACAGGGCUGAGGUGAGCCAGCUCCGCCUGGCCGAGCUCAACAGCUACGUCCCCGUAGCCGCCUACACCGGAUCCCUGGACGACGAGUACCUCACCCAGUUCCAGGUCAUCGUGUUGACAAACUCCAGCAUCGAGGAGCAGCAGCGUGUGGGAGAGUUCUGCCACAGCAGGAACAUCAAACUGGUCAUCGCGGACACACGGGGCCUCUUCGGGCAGUUGUUCUGCGACUUUGGCGAUGACAUGUUGGUGCUAGACACCAACGGAGAGCAGCCCUUGAGCGCCAUGAUCUCCAUGAUCACCAAGGACACAGCUGGCGUGGUGACGUGUCUGGAUGAAGCCCGUCAUGGGUUUGAGACUGGCGACCACGUGAGCUUCACCGAGGUCCAGGGCACCACGGAGCUCAACGGCUGCCAGCCGGUGGAAAUCAAGGUUCUGGGUCCCUACACCUUCAGCAUCUGCGACACCACUGGCUUCUCUGACUACGUGAGGGGGGGCAUUGUCUCCCAGGUCAAGAUGCCAAAGAAAAUAGCUUUCAAAUCCCUCUCUUCCUCCAUGGCGGAGCCUGAGUUUGUGCUGACAGACUUUGCCAAGUUUGACCGUCCGGGACAGCUGCACAUUGGCUUCCAGGCCGUCCACGCCUUCCAGAAGAAACACAGCCGCCUGCCCAAGCCCUGGAACCAGGCUGACGGAGAUGAGCUGGUAGCGUUGGCCAAGGAGGUGAACGGUGCCCAGACGGGCGUGGCUAAAGUGGAGGAGCUGGACGACGCCCUCAUCAAACAGCUAGCCUUCGUCUCCAACGGCGACCUGGCCCCCAUCAAUGCGUUCAUCGGUGGACUGGCUGCACAAGAAGUCAUGAAGGCUUGCACAGGGAAGUUCAUGCCAAUCAUGCAGUGGCUGUACUUCGACGCCCUGGAGUGUCUCCCUGAAGACAAGGACGUGGUGCUCACAGAGGAAGAGUGCGCCCCUAGGAACUGUCGUUACGACGGCCAGCUUGCCGUGUUUGGCACCAAGCUGCAGGACCUGCUGGGCAAGCAGCGCUACUUCCUGGUCGGUGCCGGUGCCAUCGGGUGUGAGUUGAUGAAGAACUUCGCCAUGAUGGGCCUGGCCAGCGGAGAGGGCGAGGUCAUUGUGACGGACAUGGACACCAUCGAGAAGUCUAACCUGAACAGACAGUUCCUCUUCAGACCCUGGGACGUCACGAAAAUGAAGAGCGAUACUGCAGCCGCGGCGGUGAAGCAGAUGAACCCCUCCUUCAGGAUCACGGGCCACCAGAACCGGGUCGGCCCCGACACCGAGAGAUUCUAUGACGACGAGUUCUUCGAGAGCCUGGACGGCGUGGCCAACGCGCUAGACAACGUCGACGCACGUAUGUACAUGGACAGGCGCUGUGUGUACUACCGGAAGCCCCUGCUGGAGUCUGGCACCCUGGGCACCAAGGGCAACGUGCAGGUGGUCAUCCCCUUCCUCACAGAGUCCUACAGCUCCAGCCAGGACCCCCCGGAGAAGUCCAUCCCCAUCUGCACCCUCAAGAACUUCCCCAACGCCAUAGAACACACCCUGCAGUGGGCUCGUGAUGAGUUUGAGGGGCUGUUCAAGCAGCCAUCAGAGAACGCCAUGCAGUAUCUAACAGACCCCAAGUUCCUGGAGCGCACCCUGAAGCUCCCCGGGGCCCAGCCUCUGGAGGUGCUGGAGGCCGUCUACAAGAGCCUAGUGGCAGACUGCCCCCGCAACUGGGCCGACUGCGUGGCCUGGGCCCGCAACCACUGGCAGGUCCAGUACAGCAACAACAUCCGCCAGCUCCUCCACAACUUCCCCCCGGAACAGCUCACCAGCUCUGGCGCCCCCUUCUGGUCUGGUCCUAAAAGAUGUCCUCAUCCCCUGGAGUUCAGCACCAGCAACGACCUCCACAUGGACUACGUUCUGGCCGGCGCCAACCUGUUUGCCCAGAGCUACGGGCUGCCAGGCAGCCGGGACCGCGCCGCCAUGGCCAAGCUGCUGGAGAGCAUGAACGUGCCCGUGUUCACGCCGCGCUCGGGCGUCAAGAUCCACGUGUCGGACCAGGAGCUGCAGAGCGCCAACGCCUCUGUGGGUAAGAGUGACUAUGACUCCAGACUGGAGGAACUGAAGACGAUACUUCCCGGCCCAGAGGCAUCUUCCAAGUUCAAACUGGCUGCCAUCGACUUUGAGAAGGACGACGACAGCAACUUUCACAUGGACUUCAUCGUGGCGGCGUCCAACUCGAGGGCGGAGAACUACGACAUCCCCCCCGCAGACAGACACAAGAGCAAGCUGAUUGCUGGGAAGAUCAUCCCAGCCAUCGCCACCACCACCGCCUCCGUGGUGGGCCUGGUGUGUCUGGAGCUGCUCAAGAUCGUCCAGGGCCACAAGAAGCUGGAGUCCUUCAAGAACGGCUUCAUGAACCUCGCCCUGCCCUUCUUCGCCUACUCCGAGCCCAUCGCUGCCCCCAGCCACAAGUACUAUGAGAUAGACUGGACGCUGUGGGACCGCUUCGAGGUGAAGGGCCUGCAGGCUAGCGGAGAGGAGAUGACACUACGACAGUUCCUCGACUACUUCAAGAACGAGCAUAAACUGGAGAUCACCAUGCUCUCUCAGGGAGUGUCCAUGCUCUACUCCUUCUUCAUGCCUGCCGCCAAGCUCAAGGAGAGACUGGAGCUGCCGAUGACGGAGAUCGUUACCAAGGUGUCCAAGAAGAAGCUGGGCAAGCACGUGCGGGCUCUGGUGUUUGAGCUGUGCUGCAACGACCUGACGGACGAGGAUGUGGAGGUGCCCUACGUUAGAUACACCAUCCGCUGAUCCCCCACCCCCCCCCCAUCUACAGACAGAGCGGGGGGGGGGGGGUGGAGGAGACGGGGACCCUCAUCCCGGGGAGAGGGGGGGCCGUGCUCUCUGAGAUCCAUCCUUCUCAGACUUGGUGGUUAUUUGGAGUGGGGCGGGCGGGCUUGGAGGGGGGUAGAGCAUGUGUACCUGACCUGUGACUUAUCUCUGUACCCGAACCUCUGCUCUCUCUUUUUUUUUUUUUUAUGCUGAGCUUUGGUCUUACUGCACUCACCCUCGUCCCCUCCACCCCUACCCCUACCCCUGACAGGCCAGCUGCCUCCCCCCCCUGGUCACGCUCUGCUCCCUCCUCCUCAGUAAGGGUUCCUCGCUCCCCCACCUCCUUGUUCUCUCUCCUUUUGUCGCUGCCCCUCCUCCCUCCAUCCUUGUCUUCAACAACUCGCCCCCCCCCACACCACCCUUUUUUUAUUUUUUAUAAACACAAGUCAUGAAGGGAGACCCCCGUAAUGCCAAAAACAACUUGCCUCGCCCUCAUCAAAACAAUAAUUCACUGCCUUUUAAUUCGAGGUGGACGCCUAAAUUGGAUCCUCGAAGUGAAAAUCCACAUGCGAGAGUAAAUUCACCCACCCAGGGCUGGUACAUUAGUCUCACCCACCCAGGACCCUGCCAACGGUGGCAGUCAGUUGUUUAAACGCCCCCUAUCCCUCCACGACCGCCCCUCCCCAACCUGUCAGUUGACUCUUUGGGUGGGUCGGGCCCACAAUGGGGACUUGCACAUGACUUGAGUUUUCAUCUUAUCUCUCCCCCCCCCCCCCUCCCUUUUUUUCUUCCAUGUUUUAUUGUUAAUUUUCUAUUUUAUUUUGAGACAGACUUGUGGAACACACACACAAACAACCUUGUAAAACAUAAACUGUCUUCUUUCUACUUUGUUCAACUCCAGAUUACAUUACAGUGUAAGAGCAAAGGCAAUGACUUAUAUCCUGUGAUGGGAGUACUUAGUGUGAUGAUAGUGAAUAAAAAUGUAAAAGAUG